ACGAGAGAUUGUUGAAAGACAACAGCAGAAUGGGAGGACAAGAUCUUUUGGACAGUUUAUGCAAGUCAAUUUCGCGCAUCAUGGAAUACUGCCAACAUGCCGAGUUCAAAAACGCAACGCUGGAGCAAGGGAAAGUUCGCGCUGAGAAGCCGGAAGCUUAUUAUGCACGAUUUGUAGAUGAACAUGAGAAGCAGUUGGAUCACGAUGCUACACAAGCAAGUACAUAUGACGAAAUCGCAGCUUUAGUGGAGUCGCGCUAUUUUACGGCACAAGCCCUGUUGGCUGUUAAGAUCAAGGAGCUCACACCUGUGUCAGCGCCAAUUCUGCAUGAGCAGCAGCCCUUCGCGGUCCAGGUAAACAUACCAUAUCAACAGCAUGACUUAAAAAAUACCUGGGGUAAUUUUGACGGAACAUUAACUAUGUGGCCUGGGUUCCGUGACCGGUUUUCUGCUGCCAUACAUGAAAAUAAGAAUGCCAUACAUGAAAAUAAGAAUAGCCUUUAA